AUGUGCUUCUACAACCAGAGACGAUUCACCUGCGGAGACUGGAUGUGGACGAACUUUGCUCAGCGGUGCAAUUACGAAUACCGGACAGGCGAGACCUGUGGCAUGAGGCUCGUCAACGUAACGGAAUGUGAAGCCACCCAAUGUCGGCUCUGCGAGAAGAUUGAAACCAAGUGCCGUCGGCAUAAGAACGAAACUGAUCGAUUGAACCGAUGGAAACGCGAGGGAGGCACGCUCGUAGCCUCGAUGGACCGAACACAGAAAAUCAUCAUGGAACUCGAAAAGGAAAUCUCCCAACUCACGAUGGAGCGAGAUGACCGGCGGAGGGCGCUAUCCUAA